AUGGCACAAAUUCAGGUAAGGCCUACCCUAAUUGACAAGAUUAUUGAGGCACAGAAAAAUGAUGAAAUGUUGAAGCAGAUACAAAAAAUAGUGGAGCGAGGUUAUCAGACAGACUAUGAUGUAAGGAGCGACGGAGCUGUAAUAAGAUAUAACCCUGUGUGUCUUCCUAAUAGGGUGGACAUAAAGCAAGAGAUUUUAGAGGAAGCCCAUAGCUCAGCCUAUACAAUACAUCCAGGUAGCACUAAAAUGUAUCCGACUUUGAAACAGUUCUACUGGUGGCCAAGGAUGAAACGCGAUAUAGCUGAAUAUGUAUUGAAAUGCAUGAUUUGCCAGCAGAAUGGUCAUGAUGGCAUCUGGGUGAUAAUUGACAGAUUGACUAAGAUAGCGAGAUUUUUACCAGUUAAAGCCACUUAUUAUUUGGAUAAGUUGGCUAAGAUGUAUGUAGCAGAGGUUGUUAGUCGCUAUGGAGCACCAGUAUCGAUUGUCUCUAACCAAGAUCCUAUUCACGUCAAAGUUUUGGCCAAGCUUGCAACACGCCCUUGUUACCAUUCCAGUAUUGAAAUGGCUCCAUAUGAAGCUUUGUAUGGGAGGAAAUGUAGAACCCCAGUAUGUUGGGACGAAGUUGGUGAGAGGAAUUUAUUCGGACCAGAAUUGGUGCAAAUCACUACUAAUACUAUUAAAAUCAUUAGGGAGAAACUUAAGACAACUCAGGAUCCCCAGAAAAGUUAUGCUGACAAACAUCGUCGAUAUUUGGAAUUCGAGGUGGGAGAUAGAGUUUUCCUGAAUCUUUCUCCUUGGAAAGGAGUGCUACGCUUUGGUAAGAAAGGAAAAGUGAGUCCGAGGUAUAUAGGAACAUAUGAAAUUUUGGAAUGCAUAGGAUCAUCAGCCUACCAUUUGACAUUGCCAAUUGAGCUUUCAAAGAUAUAUGAUGUCUUCCAUGUGUCAAUGUUGCGUAAAUAUAUUUCAGACCCAUCUCAUGUUCUAGAAUCACAACCAUUGCAACUUAAGGAAAAUUUGUCCUAUGAGGAAGAACCUGUACAAAUCAUAGAUAGGAAGGAGCAGGUAUUGAGGAACAAGACGAUUCCACUAGUCAAAGUGUUGUGGAGAAACCAUGGAGUGGAAGAAGCAACUUGGGAAAGCGAACAACAAAUGAGAACCAAAUAUCCUCAUUUUUUUCUCUUGAUGACUUUCCGCUAA